AUGGGCACUUGCAUUACAGUGAUUAAAUUCGCCGGAGCUUCUUCCUUGGGGCUCUUGAGCGGAAACUUGGCUUUCCAGUCAUACAAGAAGAUCCCUGACUUGAUAAGACAGAUUAACAAUCAAGUUACCAUCUCAUCCACAGCUGCAGCUUCUGUGUUGAAGUCUGUGACACAGAACAUCAUUGUUUCUGGUUCUGCCAACGUGUUCUUCGCUGCUUUGUCCACAUACUUGUUUUCUACCGCUUACAAGUACUCGCCUCCCUCUGGCAAACACCCAUAUCUCUUGUACUGUGCUGUGGGUGCACCAUUGGCGCUUAUUCUGUACAGCUUGAAGGCUUGGGGCAGUGACGGUAAGAUUUUGAAGCGUGCUUGUGUUCAGAAGAAGGUUUUGGAUAAGAAGAAGACCGCCAAGAAGCCAGAGGCUGCUGCUCCCGUGGCCCCAGUGGAUUCUGGUAGCGACGACAGCUCCUUGGGCAAGUCAUACAUCCAUGUGAGUGAUUCUCUGUCCAGCACCACUACUCCUUCUAGUUCCACGCCCAACUCGCCUCAACAGCCUGCCACUGACCUUCAACCCACCACCUCUGCUAUCGAGCAAGAAGUAGAGGAGGCAUUAAACAAGAAAGAGUACAUCAAGAACAUGGAGACUAUACGCGGGUCCCAUAAGACCGCAUUGGCCUUCUCUGGUGCUGCAUUUACGGUGAGUGCCAUUGGCCUUGUUGGAGAGUACUUCCUCAAUUGA